UCUGGAGACCUGAUGCUGACGCUCCUCCUCCUCCUCCUCCUCCUCCUCCCUCUCCUCGGGCUCAGCUCCAUCCUUUGACUGCCACUUUGCUACUCUCGCCUCCCCCUCCUCCCUCUCCCUCUCCCUCUCCCUCCUUCAUCAGCACCAACCCUGGAUUCUGAUGGACCUCCCAAGAUGUUCAUGUCCAGCUUCCUGGACUUCCAGAAGACCCGAUACGCCAGGUUUAUGAACCACAGGGUCCCACCCAACCGGAGGUACCAGCCAACAGAGUAUGAACAUGCUGCCAACUGUGCCACGCAUGCCUUCUGGAUCAUCCCAAGCAUUUUGGGCAGUUCCAUCCUCUACGUCCUUUCCGACGACCAGUGGGAGACCAUCUCUGCCUGGAUCUAUGGCUUUGGCCUCUCUGGACUCUUUAUUGUCUCCACCAUCUUCCACACCAUCUCUUGGAAGAAGAGGCACCUGAGGACGGUGGAGCAUUGCCUACACAUGUUUGAUCGCAUGGUCAUCUACUUCUUCAUAGCAGCCUCCUAUGCUCCUUGGCUAAACCUGCGGGAAUUGGGCCCUUGGGCUUCCCACAUGCGCUGGUUCGUGUGGAUCAUGGCCUCGGUCGGGACCAUCUACGUCUUCUUUUUCCAUGAACGUUAUAAGCUGGUGGAACUGGUGUGCUAUGUAAUCAUGGGUUUCUUCCCCGCUGUCGUAAUUCUUUCCAUGCCCAACACAGAUGGCCUCUCAGAGCUGGUGACUGGCGGGUUUUUCUAUUGCCUGGGCACCGUUUUCUUCAAGAGUGAUGGACGGAUCCCCUUCGCCCACGCCAUCUGGCACCUCUUUGUGGCACUCGGAGCUGGCACUCAUUAUUAUGCCAUUUGGAGGUACCUUUAUCGGCCAGACACAGUGGAGGCUAAAACUUCCAGGUAGACACAUGCCUUAAGGAUUCUGAGAUGCAACGUUCUGGAGAACUCUCCCAACAGACGCUCAUCCUUUCUCCAUCCUCUUCAGAAGGAUGCUUUACUUUUUAUCCUUUUCCAGAUUCUGCUCCAGAUGAUGGAGGAUUUUUUAUUUUUUUAAAAAAAAUCAGGUCAUGUCCAAAAAUCUGGAAGGGAAGGGUCUUGGGACUCAAGAAACAAUGGAUGGCUACUAAUGGGGCUACUCUAGUUGCAACCUACGGCACCAAAGUAGGUGUAGUAGAGUAGGCCCAUGUUAAUCAAAGGAACAUACGGUAGAACUGGAUCACGAAAUCCCCAUUGAUUCAAUAGGCCUAUUCUAGUGCAACUUACUGUACUGAGCAACAGAAUCUCAGCCACUGAAAAGAGGAGAAGUUUUGGGCUGAGUCUUGGAAAGAGUAUUCUCUCACAUUCCUGCCAGUUCGUCGACACAAAUUUAUGGGCACAAAAUCAGCACUGGAGGCUGGCAAGAGGCUGACAAUUUAAUACAAGUCGGCUGUAUUGUGUUCUCAGUAUUACCGGUGUUGUCCCCAUGUUUCUUCCUCUGACCCGCACAUGAUCGUGAUCUUGUCUGCCUGCCCCACUGCUCCUCAUGGUAUUGCCUGACUUGGUCUAGAAGAUCAAAGAGAAGCUUUGAUAACAAAGGAGUUGUGGCUGCUCUGGCUGCCAUUGGCUUAGCUGCUGUGAUGUCACAGCCUGUACCAUCAAAGGGCAGGCAGCUCAAGAGCUUAGGUUGAUUACAGCAUGCAGUUUCCCCCUACCUUUUCCAAAGCACCCUGGGCUUUGAAACCAUAGCUGCCGUGCACUUGAACAGUUUCCAGGUCUUUUGAUGGAAACCAGAGUGUUUUCCCCCCCUAUUAUUGACAAAUGUGAUGAGCACUACAUUUCAUCCCGGGUGGAGAACAGGCAGUCCACGAAUGGUGGGACACGCUCCUAAGACAGCCUACUGCUUUCCUCAGAAUUGUAAAAUCUUGAGGCUAGGUUCUAACCAACUGGUUUGUGGACAGUUGAGUGUCCUAGGUUGAAUCUUCCACAUCAAGUGGGAGAUGGCGUUAAGUGGGUUGAUCAAUCCCCUCCGGAUUUUAGCCUGAGGUUUAACAGCACACUCCAAGGUGCUGAUCCUAUUUUGGGGACCAGAGUUCAGCACACUGGACAGGUCCUUUGAAAUUCAGGCUAAAACCCAAGGCGGAUUCACUAGCCCACUAAUUUGUCAGCUUGCAUGACUGAUAUCGCCAGCUGGAAAUCUGGUGUGAUGGCAGGCGAUGAUCGGCGGUGCCAAAAAAAAGUCUUUGCAAACUUUGACUGAAGCAAAACAUUAACUUACAGUAUAUAAGGUGAUUUCCUAAAAGUGGUUCCAGUCAAAGGCUCGGAUAAGAUUUACCUUGUUUGAAUGAAGGAACCUAACAUUUGGUAGCUAUUAAAAUCAUCAUCUCUUAUGAUCCAAUGGGGAGCAGUGCAGUGGCUUUAGGGGUGUUUCCUCUCCCCCCGGGGUUAUUCCAUUUAAUGGAUCUUGUAUUUAUUAUAGUCACCUCCUUACCAACGGACAGAAAUGCUGACAAAUUGGAAUACUGGAUUUUGAGGCUUUCUAUCUGCUACGACUGGUGGGAGAAUAACGGUGGCAGUUUUCACUCUGCCUGCACCACCAUUACGUUAUUAUCCCUCUGGAGUCCACCACUUGGAAGUAUUCUUCUCUGCUGGCAGAGAUAAACUAAUACAUCAUCCCCAACACCUUCCAGCCACGAACAUGGGAGGACCUGAUGGGACUGCGCUCUUAGGCACUACUGUCAUUCCUUCCCUUUUAGAGCAUUUCUCACACGGAAGGAGAUAAGAAAAUAUCUGGCACUAAAGAGAGAAAAAAUGGCAUAAUGCACUCCAAUGCACUUUGGUGUCGUUCACUUCACUGUAAUGCACUUUGAAUCAAGCCAUGCAAAUUUCUGGGCAAUGUGUUAAAAGGUAUGGCGUCCAGCAAGGAUCUAUACCUCUUUGGUGCAUAAGGUCAAUCUGCGGCUGCCCCAGAACAGUUAAAAACCUCCCACUCCUGCUGCUAUUUUUAACUGGAUAGUGCUGAAAUUUCACAUGAAUUUAAAAUAUGGUAGGACCCCUGUAUCCAUGUGAUCAGCGUCCAUGGUGUUAGUUAUCUAUGGUCUGAAAAUACUAAAAAUAUUUUUUGUUAAACCCGAAAUGCAUAUUUCCAAGAUGCAAUUAGGGUUUGCUGUUAUCCACAGUUUUCUGUAUCUGCGUGGGGCUUGGAUACGACAAAUACCGCAAUCCUACUGUACAGCAAAAUGGGAGAGUUAAUCAUUUCUGAAUGUCGAAUCAUUUCAACCUUUCAAAACAUGAAAGACAGGGAACAUGCUUGGGAGUUGGUGGAUUAUAAACAGCCAUGCUCUUGACUUUGCCUGACACCAUGUUCAGCCACUGAAAAAAAAUAUUAGCAAAAAUAGCUGAACAAUAUUAGGUUGAUCCAGCAUUUUUAAAAGCUCCACUGAGUUCAAGGGGCCUUAAAAUGGCACUUUCUCCUGGAUUCAGUGCAAUGAAAAGUAUCUCAGCUAGAUGCAUGUGGAUGAAGGAAGAAGCGAUGUGGGCGAAGUUAGACUGUAAGAUGACUGUAAAUCAUCUUUCUGAUUAACCUAUGGGAGGGAAGUGUACAUUCCCUCCUGGUUUCCCUCCCACAAGGGGAUUUUCUCAGUGAUAUCUUGCCUCCACAAUCAAAUUUGUGAAAGAAGCCCACGUUCACUGUUUAAUGACCAAUCACAAAUCAAAGCACGCUAAAUGCAAGAUACAGAGGUGAGGAAAACCAUGUGCCAUGAUGAAGAGACCUGUUUUAUUCCACGAGGGAGCAUCUUCUUGGCAAAAACAAAAUGGAAAACAAAGGAAGAAGUUCUAAAUGUAUGGUCUAGUUUGAUCCAGAGAGAUUGAUGUAACAACUCAUGCAUGGAUGGAUGGAUGGGUGGGAGUUUCCAGUGUUGACAUGCCUUACACAUUACUGAAACUUGAAUUUAUUCCAGGUCUUUCCGGGGAUGCUGGGGAAACCUUCCCUCUUUCUUUCUCUCUAAGCCAAUGGUCAACUCUGUACAUUCCUUGCAGAGGGACUCCUGGGGGGUCCCCAGACCGUUUUCUAUAUCAUAGUGCAUUUCUGUCUUCUUUUCUUUGUUCCAUCCCAGCUGGAGUUCCAAAAUGAAACCUCACACUUUUACGGCAUCGUAGACACAAUCUUAGCUCGGUGGGAUCACAGACGGAAACAAAUUUCUUUUUUGAGCUCCAACUCCCAUAAUCCAGCCAGCCAGCUGUGCUGGAUGGGUGGAUCAUGGGAGUCCCAGUCCAAAAAGUGAAACACUCCAACCUCUGUGUGGGAUGCGUGGAAUCAAGCGUUUAUCCUCUUCCCCCAUGGCAUGGAGUUCUAUAUGGCCUUUCUUGAAUGAAUUUAACUUUAAGGUCUUACUUCUGUGAAUUCCAAAUCCACUUUCGUUGCCAGACACAGAUGCUGAAAAAUAGCAUUCUAGACAACUCACAUUUUGGAGGUAAAAACUCCGGAAGAAGCAAAUUCCAGCUGUGAUGUCACAACUGCCGAAAAGAGAUAGAAUUCUUAAUACAUGUUGUAUAUAUCUAUAUAUACUGCUAUCUUUUUUUCUUUGAAAUUUCUGGUCUUGAAAUGCCUUCUGCCUUUACCCAGGUAGAUCAGAAAUCCAAGGUUUUUCUCCUACUUCCUGAGCUGCUUUGGGUCCCAUAUUUGGGAGAAAGCUGGUACAGAAAUAAAAUAAAUGAAUAUAUAAAAUCCAUUCAUAACUUUGCUUUUUGAUUUCAUGCCUUCAGACUCUUACUACUUCCUAUUAAGUUUGCAUUUCUCUUUCUGGAGGUCCUUGAGACCUUCACUAUUUCUGCUCCCAGAUGAUAACAGUAGUAGUUUCCAGGAAGUGCACCUGCGUUAAUCUGUUAUAGUAAAAACAGUAAAGAGGAAAAUGCACUGGAUUCUUUCUUACUAUUAAGAGUAAUAACCACUGCUGAUAGUGAUAACAAUGAUGAUGGAAGAAACAUCUGGUAGCAAACUGUGGUCAUUGAAGCCUGGGCUGUAGAAGAAUGAAGUGAUAGAGCGCUGCAGUGAUAGAAUGGACCAAGCCACAUCCAGCAUUGAGUAGAGGGUUACAUUUCUGAACGCUCUAGUCUAGUACAUAGCAAAUCCUGCCCCCCAAUAGAAAAAUGGCAAUAGUCCGGGCUAGUAUCUCCCCUCUCUAUACAUUUUGAUUGGUGAGAAUUCUCUUUAUAAAGAGAGGUUUUAAACCAAUGAUUCCACCUGCAAACCACAAAAGGGGUAGGCCUGUCUAAAAUGGCAUUUGGUACCCAACCAUCUAAUGAUCUGCACCACUUCAUUCUGCUGCGUUUGUAGGAUUACACCGAAAACACUGCUCCUUUGACAUAUGGAGGCUGACCUACAGAGUGCAGUGGGGAAAAGAGGGGAGGUGCUGGUAGGUUUGCAUGCUCCCUGCAAGGUUGGGUUUGUUUCUUUGUUUUAGGAUGCAGCUGGGCACAAAAUGUGCAGUGGGGGAAAAUGCACAGUUAAAAAAAUGUGCAGUUGGUGCUGGACUGAUGUGGAACUGGAGAAACAGGAAAAAUGGAGAGGUUAC